AUGGCGGGCCCCGCCGUCGCGUCCUCGUCCGCGCCCGCGCCCGCGUCGGCCACCGCGGCCGCGGCCGCGUCGGCUGCGCAGCAGCUGCCCGGCCUCAAGCGCGACCAGGUCGACCGCGCGGUCGCGUCGCUGCUCAAGCACGUCGCGGACCAGCGUGCCAAGGCGGCCUCCACCCAGCUCUUCGACGAGGACGAGAUCAUAUACCUCACCAUCGCCCUCAAGCGCAGCCCCCACCCGGGCGGCCCCAAAAAGCUCAAGCCCGUCCGCAUCCCGAUCCCACAUCCUCUAUUCAAGACGGAGGGCGCGGAGGUUUGCCUGUUUGUGAAGGACUCAAAGGGCGGAGAGGGCCACAAGGCCGCCAAGGCCCGCCUGGCCAAGUUCACGUCCAAGGGCGGCGUCUCGAAGAUCAUAGGGCUGUCGAAGCUGCGCACCAAGUACGAGUCGCACGAGGCGAAGCGGCAGCUGUGCGGAAGCUACGACCUGUUCCUGGCGGACGAGCGCGUGCUGCCGUCGCUCCCGAAGCUCAUCGGCAAGUCCUUCUUCAAGAAGCGGAAGCAGCCGAUCCCGAUCGACAUCCGCGCGGCAAACUUCCCGGAGCAGGUGGCGCGCGUCGUCGAGCGCAGCACGUUCAUGGCGCCCCCGGCCGGCUCGUGCGUGACGCUGCGCGCCGCGCGCGAGGGCAUGGGCGCGGCGGCGGCGGCGGAGAAUGUGCUUGCCGCGCUGGCGGGCGCGGUCGCCAAGGUGCCCAAGAAGUGGUCAAACGUGCAGGCUGUGUACAUAAAGACCGGCGAGAGCGUGGCGCUGCCAAUUUACCAGACGCUUCCUGAUAAGCCGGUGCGGAUCGAGGGCGGCGGCGGCGGCGAGGGCGGGGCGGCGGAGGGCGAGGAAGACGAGGAUAUGGAGGAGGGUGGCGAGGAGGAGGAGGAGGCGGCGCCCAGCAAGGCUUCGAAGGGGAAGGGGCAGCAGCAGGCGGCGGCGCCGAAGCGCAAGGCUGCGGCGGCAGCGGCGGCGGCGAAGGGGCGGCAGCCCAAGCCGGCGCACGGCGGGCGGCGGCGGUAG